AUGGGUUACCCAAGGGCUAAUUGCUCAUGUAGAAUUGUUGGUGUUCAAGGCAUUGCUUGGGGUUUUGGUGGUGGCCACGUUUGGUCUGUUUCUAGCAAGCAAAUUGUCCCUAACCAGGGCAGUGCUCUACAUUGUGAUGCAAUGCCUAGGUAUGCUUUGUGGUGUUGGUGUUGUCAAAGGGUUCUAACCAUAUUUUUUAAAAUUAAGGGUGGAUGUGCCAAUGUUGUGAGCCAUGAUUACACCAAGGGAGAUGAGAUUGUUGGCACUUCUAUUCUUGUCUACACAGUCUUCUCUGCUACUGUUGCCCAGAGAAAUGCCAGACACUCCCAUGUCCUUAUUUUGGCUCCUCUCCCGAUUGGAUUUGCUGUGUUCUUGGUUCAUUUGGCCACCAUCCCUAUUAAAUACACUGGCAUUAACCCUGCUAGAAGCGUAGGUGCUGCCAUUGUCUACAACGGAAAACAUGCAUGGAUGACCAUGUAA